AUGGGACAACCUCACACACUAUUAUCCAAAGUAGAAAACUGUUGGAGGUUUGAAAAAGGUUUUUCCACAGUUGCAAUUUUAAGGAUUUUGGAUUUGUGGCAGCUCGCUUGCAUGGUGUAUCACAUUUGCUUACCAUUCUCAGUAUCUCCAAAAGCAGUCUCUAGAAAACCAACACGAGCUCCGUAUCUCAAAUUUGCUUACCAAUGUUGCGUUUCAGAAAGAGCAGGAUCUUCAUCUCUGCAGGAAUACCAAAACUACAACACAACCUGA